AUAAACAGCAGUCACACGUCUGGCAUCACUGGAGUUAAUGUGUUCCUGUUGGAGCGACUGUCAGGGGGAGGCUGGCAGACAGGGAGUUGAAUCGUGAGUUUUGAUUGAGGAGAGUUGACUUUUCUCUCUGGAGGUAGCCAAAACAGGGUCAUGUUGCAGCGGUGCAUUUUUAAGAGACUUCUCCCACAACAGUAUUCUUUAGGGAAUCAAGAAACCACUAAAAGUGUGCUGUCGGCUUGGCUCCCCUCUGCGCUGCUGGGUGGACACAGAGCUGCUGGGAGCAAAUCAGGUGUUCCAGAUGUGAGGGAGCGGACUCUUAUUGCUGUGAAGCCAGACGGGGUUCAGCGUCGUCUUGUUGGACAAAUAAUUCAGAGGUUUGAGCAGCGGGGUUUCAAGCUGGUUGGCCUGAAAAUGUUGCAGGUAUCUGAUGAUCUGCUGUCUCAGCACUACUGUGAGCUGAGGACUAAGCCUUUCUAUCCCAGGCUGCUGGAAUACAUGACCUCCGGACCUGUUGUUGUCAUGGUGUGGGAAGGGCACAAAGUAGUCCAGGCCUCGCGUACAAUGGUGGGACAUACUAACCCAUUGGAGGCCCAGGCGGGCACUGUCAGAGGAGAUUUCAGCUUUCAUGUCAGCAGGAACGUGGUUCAUGCCAGUGAUUCUCUGGAGGGGGCACAGAGGGAGAUCCAGCUGUGGUUUCAGAAAAAGGAGCUCCUGAACUGGGAUUGCUUUGACCAGAUCCUCACCUGUGAGGUGUAAAGACGCUGAGAGCCGGAUGUGAGAAUCAGUCAUCCUCGUCUGCUGCUCAAAGGUCUGUCGCCUGUGAUUGAAAAACCAUGAGGCAUAUUCUGUGUUCCUACGACUUAAUUUACCUCAGGAAGUGCACGUAAAGUCACACGUUUAAAAAAAAAAUAACAGCGAGAGAAAGAAAACACCAUUUGAAAACAUUGAAGAAAAUAUUUGACAUAUUUUAACAAAGCCAUGCUGUUAUAAUACCUAAUAAUAAGUAAGUAAUAAGAUGUUAUGUACUUAAAAAUAAAUAUAGUGGUGUUGUUUGGGUAGUGUAUCACACCCAAAAACGUUUUAGUGAAGUGAUUACUUGAACUAUGUCCUCAAUUACUUGUGUUAUCAUCCUACCUGACUGAUUGAGUAAAUUUGUGUUUCUGAAAUUGUGACGUAAUCCUCCUACCUCAAGUUAAAAUCAAAUAAUCUCUGUUUACAUUUGACCUCAGGUGAAUGUACAAUAUGCCCAUUCUGUCAGUGUUUAUCUGUACUGAAGGAACAUGAUGAUUUACCUCCGCCUGCUUUUAUUAAACAAUAAUGACAUCUUCA